CGCGCGUGUGUGUGUGCGUGCGUGUGUGUGAGGGAAGAGACCCCGGGUGGCUCUGGGAGCGUGCAAGGUCCCGAGGGUGAGGCGGACGGCGUGACGAGAUUGAAUGGCCAAAACAGAGAAAUCGAAUUAGUCCUUGCUGUGAGGAAUUAUUUUCUUGGUACCCGACUCAUUUGUGAUGAAACGACUCGAAAAGCUGUGAAUUUUCACUUAUUUUGGACAGGUCAGCCUGAGCUUGGAAGAGAGAGAGAGAGAUCCUGUCUCAAGAAAAAGAAACAAAAUCAAACAAGAGACCAGAGCCAUGGAAAAGACUAUGUAGCAAAUACUGUUGAAGUAAGAGUAUCCUAUCCAUUGUGAUUGGAAGGCCACAGUAAACACAGGUGUACAGGAUCCAUUUACCAUGGAAGCCAGGGAGCUUGAGAGCCCCACACCCACGUACCAUCUUCUCCCCAAGGCCAGCCAGCACACUGUAAAAGAAGAUGCCAGCUCACCAUCUCAAGGGUCUCCAGAAACUAUGCAGCUGAAGAAGGAGAUCUCCUUGCUCAAUGGGGUCAGCCUGGUGGUGGGCAACAUGAUUGGCUCAGGGAUCUUUGUCUCACCCAAGGGUGUUCUAAAAUAUACUGCUUCCUAUGGGCUGUCUCUAGUUGUGUGGGCCAUUGGUGGGCUCUUCUCUGUUGUGGGUGCCCUUUGUUAUGCAGAACUGGGGACCACUAUCACCAAGUCAGGGGCCAGCUAUGCAUAUAUUCUAGAGGCGUUUGGGGGCUUCAUCGCCUUUAUCCGUCUAUGGAACUCACUUCUAAUUGUUGAGCCAACCAGUCAGGCCGUCAUCGCCAUCACCUUCGCCAAUUAUAUCAUCAAGCCCUCCUUCCCCACCUGUGAUCCUCCAUAUGUGGCCUGCCGUCUCCUUGCUGCUGCCUGUAUAUGUCUGCUGACAUUUGUGAACUGUGCCUAUGUCAAGUGGGGCACACGAGUACAAGACACAUUCACGUAUGCCAAGGUCCUGGCACUCAUUGCCAUCAUUGUCAUGGGCCUUGUUAAACUGUGCCAGGGACACACUGAGCACUUUCAGGACGCCUUUGAGGGUUCCUCGUGGAAAAUGGGAAACCUCUCUCUUGCCCUGUACUCUGCCCUCUUCUCUUACUCAGGUUGGGACACCCUUAAUUUUGUAACAGAAGAAAUCAAAAACCCAGAAAGAAAUUUGCCCUUGGCCAUUGGGAUUUCUAUGCCAGUUGUGACACUCAUCUACAUCCUGACAAACGUGGCCUAUUACACAGUGCUAGACAUUCAAGAUGUCCAUAACAGUGAUGCUGUGGCUGUGACAUUUGCUGACCAGACAUUUGGUAUGUUCAGCUGGACCAUCCCCAUUGCUGUUGCUCUGUCCUGCUUUGGGGGCCUAAAUGCAUCCAUCUUCGCUUCAUCAAGGUUGUUUUUCGUGGGCUCCCGUGAGGGCCACCUCCCGAACUUUCUGUCCAUGAUCCACAUUGAGCGCUUUACACCUGUACCUGCUUUAUUGUUCAAUUGCACCAUGACACUCAUCUACCUCAUCGUAAAGGAUGUUUUCCUUCUCAUCAACUACUUCAGCUUCAGCUACUGGCUCUUUGUCGGCUUGUCUGUUGUUGGACAGCUCUACCUUCGAUGGAAAGAGCCUGACUGGCCUCGACCUCUUAAGCUGAGCCUCUUUUUUCCCAUCGUGUUCUGCAUAUGCUCCUUGUUUCUGGUGGCCGUACCCCUCUUCAGUGACACCAUCAAUUCCCUCAUUGGCAUUGGGAUUGCUGUCUCUGGGGUCCCUGUCUACUUCAUGGGUGUUUACCUGCCAGAGUCCCGAAGGCCACUCUUUAUUAGGAAUGUUCUGGCUGCUGUCACCAGAGUUACCCAGAAGCUUUGCUUUUGCGUCUUGACUGAGCUAGAUGUAGCUGAAGAGGAAAAUGUUGAGAGGAAAACUGACUAGGAGCCAGAGAU